GGACCCGCAGGGCGAGCAGAGUUCCUGCCACUCUCGGCCGUCGAGCGUUCGAGACCCCGUCUCCCCCAGAAGCUCAGGGCGCAGAGAGAGUGUGAAAAGAAAGAAAGAGUGGAUAAAAGAGAGAGAGGGAGGAAAAGAGAGAGGGAGAGGGAGAAAUAAAGGGGAAAUAGACAGACUUAGUGGGGAACAAACUCCGAAUGAAGACUUUCUCAUUGAUGUUCGACAACCCCGACCCCGGCUCGGUGCCCGUGUACAGCACUGGCGAUGAGGUGUCGGGCAAAGUGUUGCUGGAGGUGUCCCGGCCCAUGAAGGUCCAGUCCAUCAAGCUGCACACCGAGGGCAUCGCCAAAGUCCACUGGACCGAGUCGCGGAGUGCCGGCUCCAGCACGGCUUACACCCAGAAUUACAGCGAUGAAGUGGAGUACUACAACGAGAGGGUGAACCUCAUGGAGGCAGAUGACGGAAAUAUCACAGUUCUUCAGGCUGGGCGCUAUGAGUUCCCUUUUAGAUUCCAGCUGCCAGAAGAGAACCUGGUGACGUCGUUUGAAGGCAAGCACGGCAGCGUGCGGUACUGGGUCAAGGCCAAGCUUCACCGGCCUUGGGCCACGGUGAAGAAAAUCAAGCGCGAAUUCACCGUGAUUGAACCCAUCGAUAUCAACACGCCCUCGUUGCUGGCUCCACAAGCUGGGACAAAGGAGAAGUUGGCCCAUGUGUGGUACUGCAACCUCGGCCACCUGUCUCUGACUGCAAAGAUUGACCGGAAAGGAUACACACCAGGCGAGGUGAUCCCGAUCUUCGCCGAAGUGGACAAUUGUUGCUCGCGCACGGUCACGCCCAAGGCGGCCAUCAUCCAGAUGCAGACGUUCAGCGCCCGCGGCACGACCAAGCAGAAGAAGUCGGUGGUGGCCACGCUGCACGGCGAGGGGGUGGCCCCGCGCAAAAGGGGCACGUGGCACGGCCGUCCGCUCAAGAUCCCGCCCGUCUCGCCCACUCUCAAGUGCCGGGUGAUCAGCGUGGACUACGCCCUGCGGAUUUACGUUGAGAUCCCGGGAUCAUCCAAGUUAUCGUUGGAGCUGCCUCUGGUCAUCGGCACCAUCCCGCUACAUCCGUUCGGCAGCCGCUCGUCCAGCGUUGGAAGCCAGUACAGCAUGGACAUAGACUGGCUACGUCUCACGCUCCCGGAGAGACCAGAACCUCCCCCUGACUACCUGGAGGUGGUUUCUGAGGAAGAGGCCAGCCAGUCGGACCAACGCCUGUCUGUUCCCGAGAGCCUGGAGGAGCACGGAGGAAUGUUGGAGCAUCCGUUCUUUGUCUACGUGCAGGAGUUCAGGAACCGCCCGCCGCCCAUUUACUCUGAGAUUGAUCCCCACCCCCAGAGAUCGGAGAUGCGUCGGAGAUGUAUGACCUGCUGAAGACUUCUCUGCGUGACUUUGGGCAGGAAAAUAAUAGAAACCAAGCAGAAGCGAGAUUUAAAACGCACCUUCAAAGCCUCUGCCGCUGCCGGCACCUCGAGUGGACACGAGAGGUCGCUGUCUGAAGGUGAAUGGGGGCAGCUUCGGGAAGGGAGGAGAGCGUGGCCUUCUGACUGCUGGAUGCUCCACGUGCCUGAUUCUGGAUCACCUUUGCCUCUCGCUGCGCUGUUUGUCAUCUACUGUCGGUGUUGCGCUCGGCUGAGCUUGGCGUCUGGCGGAGUGGUCCCGUACCACGAG